AUGACAGAACCAUCUCCUAAGAAGUCAAAAAUGUCGUCGCUGGGUCAGCUCAAGAACUUUACCGUUGUCGUGGCUGAUACGGGAGAUUUUGAAACCAUGAAAAAGUAUAAACCUACUGAUGCUACCACAAACCCAAGUCUUAUACUAGCAGCAGCCAAAAUGCCUCAGUACAAAGAUUUGAUAUCAAAAGCUCUGAAAUUAGCUGUUGCAAAUGGAAAGACAAUUGAAGAACAAACCGAAGAAGCCAUGGAUAAUCUUGUUGUGUUGUUUGGUACUGAAAUUCUAUCUCUAAUUCCAGGACGAGUGUCCACUGAAGUUGAUGCUAGAUUGUCUUUUGACAAAGAAGCAAGUAUUGCUAAAGCUAUCAAAUACAUUGAAAUGUAUGAAAAGGCUGGAAUUGCCAAAGAACGUAUAUUAAUUAAAUUAGCUUCUACGUGGGAAGGUAUUCAAGCAGCUAAAGUUUUGGAACAAGAACAUGGAAUACAUUGUAAUUUAACUUUAUUGUUUUCACUUUAUCAAGCCAUCGCCUGUGCUGAAUCAGAUGUCACUUUAAUAUCUCCUUUCGUUGGACGUAUUUUGGAUUGGCAUGUUGCAAACACUGACAAGAAAAGUUUCGAGCCUUUAAAGGAUCCCGGUGUACAAUCAGUAACUAAUAUUUACAAUUAUUUCAAAAAAUUCAACUAUAAAACCGUUGUGAUGGGUGCAUCAUUCCGUAACAUUGGUGAAAUCAAAGCAUUGGCUGGAUGUGAUUUGUUAACAAUUAGUCCUAAGCUACUUGAGGAAUUAGAAUUGUCUAAUGAGCCACUCACGGAAUAUUUAACAGUGAAGAAUGGUAAAGCAUCGGAUUUGAAAAAAAUUGAAAUCGAUGAAGCCAAGUUUCGUUGGGAAAUGAAUGAAGACAAAAUGGCCAAUGAUAAGUUGUCUGAAGGUAUAAGGAAUUUUGCAGCUGAUUCUCGUAAACUUGAGAAAAUUCUUACAGAGAUGUUGAAUAAAAUCAAUUAA